AAUGGUCGCACAAAGCUUCACAGAGCUUGUAUGAAUAGUGACUAUGAUAAAGUUGCUGAAUUAUUACAGAAGGGAGGAGUGAAUAUUAUUGCUACUGAUAAAAACAAGAGUACACCACUUCAUCUUGCUUGUACUGCUGGUAAUGAAAGAAUCGUUGAUCUUCUUAUUAAGAAAAGUGCUGAUAGUCUUGCCCCUGCUUCACAAAGAAGUUUUAUCAAUUUAACUGAUGGACAUGAAAACACACCACUUGGUAUUGCCUGUUAUAAAGGACAUACCCAGGUAGCUGAACUGCUAUUGAACCAUGGAGCUGAUAUCAACCACACUAAUAGCCAACAACGUACACCACUUGGUGUUGCCUGUAUAGAAGGACAUACAGAAAUUGUGAAACUGCUACUGAACCAUGGAGCUGAUAUCAAUGCCAUUGAUAUCAAUCAAAAUACUCCACUUGGUAAUGCCAGUAUACCAGGACAUAUGGAAAUAGUUAAACUGUUACUGAAGCAUGGAGCUGAUAUCAAUCACACUGAUAAGGAUCAUGAUACAAUGAUUGGUAUUGCCUGUAUUGGUGGACACACAGAAAUUGUUAAACUAUUACUGGAGCAUGGUGGAGCUGAUAUCAAUCAUGUCAAUAAAUAUAAACGCACACCACUUAUAAUGACCUGUAUAGAAGGACAUACAGAAAUAAUUGAACUGCUACUGAAGCAUGGAGCUAAUCUUAGUGCCACUGAUAGUCACAACGAUACAGCACUUGGUGUUGCCUGCAUUAAAGGAUUUACUCAAGUAGUUGAACUGCUACUGAAGCAGGGAGCUGAUGUCAAACACACAAAUAAAUACAAACGUACACCACUUGUUAUGACCUGUAUAGAAGGACACAUGCAGAUAAUUGAACUACUACUGGAGUAUGGAUCUGAAGUCAAUGUCACUGAUGAUGACAAUGAUACACCACUUGGUGUUGCCUGUAUGAAAGGAUUUGCACAAGUAGUUGAACUGUUACUGAAGCACGGAGCCGAUAUCACCCAUGCUAACAAGCAUAAACGUACACCACUUGUUAUGGCUUGUUUGGAAGGACAUACAGGAAUAGUUGAAGUACUACUGAAGCAUGGGGCUGAUAUCAAUGUCACUGAUAAGCAUAAACGUACACCACUUGUUAUGACCUGUAUAGAAGGGCACGUGCAAAUAAUUGAACUACUACUAAAGUAUGGAUCUGAUGUCAAUUUCACUGAUGAUGACAAUGAUACACCACUUGGUAUUGCCUGUAUAAAAGGAUUUACACAAGUAGUUGAACUGCUACUGAAGCAUGGAGCUGAUAUCACUCACAUUAAUAAGCAUAAACGUACACCACUUGGUAUGACCUGUAUAGAAGGACAUGAACAAAUAGUUGACCUACUACUGAAGCAUGGAGCUAAAACCGAUGUCACUGACAAUAAUGGGAAUACACCACUUGGUAAUGCCAGUAUACCAGGGCAUACAAAAGUUGUUGAACUGCUACUGAAGCAUGGUGGGGCUGAUAUCAAUCACAAAAACAAACAAGAACGUACACCACUUAGUGUGGCCUGUAUUGAAGGACAUACAGAAGUAGUUCAAUUGCUACUGGAGCAUAAAGCUGAUGUCAAUGUCACUGAUAAUAAUAGGAACACACCACUUGGUAAUGCCAGUAUACCAGGACAUGCAGAAAUUGUUAAAUUGCUACUACAGCGUGGUGUAACUGAUAUGAAUCACAAAAAUAAGAAUGACCGCACACCACUUGGUAUGGCCUGUAUGGAAGGACACCCGCAAGUUGUUGAAUUGCUACUGAAGCAUGGAGCUGACAUCAGUGUCACUGAUGAUAAUAAGAAUACACCACUUGGUAAUGCCAGUGAACCAGGACAUACACAGAUAGUUGAACUGAUACUGAAGCAUGGUGGAGCUGCUAUUGAUCACAAAAAUAGAGAUAAAUGUACACCACUUGUAAUGGCUUGUAUGGAAGGACAUACAAAAGUAGUUGAACUGCUAUUGAAGCAUGGAGCCAAUAUCAAUGCCACUGAUGAUUCCCAUGAUACACCACUUGGUAUUGCCUGUAAGAAAGGGUUUACACAAAUAGUUGAACUGCUACUGAAGCAUGAUGGAGCUGAUAACAAUGCUAAUACUAAAAAUCAGCGAACAGUUGAGCAGCAUGGUAAAGCUAAGAUUAAUCACACUAAUGCUAACAAACAAACACCACUUGGUAUUGCCUGUGAAGAAGGACACACACAAAUAGUUGAAAUGCUACUGGAGCAUGGCGAGGCUAAUAUUAAUCACCCUGACAAAGAAAAAAAUACACCACUUGGUAUUGCCUACAACAAAGGGCAUAUAAAAUUAGUUGAACUGUUACUGAAGUAUAAAGCUGAUGUCAAUGUCACCGAUAAAGACGAUAACACAAUCCUUUAUAAUGCAUGUAAAGUAGGACGUGUGCAAGUCAUUGAACUAUUUCUGGCACAGGAUGAUGCUGAUUUUACUAAAUGUGAUAAAAAGGGUCUUAAUCCUCUUGAUAUUGCUGUAGAGAAAGGGCACAAAGAUGCUGCAAUGGCUAUAGUGAAAAGUGACAAGCAUUGGGAGCAAGCACUACGUAAUCUUACUGCUCUGGAUGAAAGUGAUGACAUUGGCAUUCAAAGGAUAUGGUGCUGCAAAAGAAAGAGAAGUUCUAGUGUGGCCUCUGACAAGAGAGAUGAUGUAUCUAAUAAAAGCAAUGAUAGCUCUGAUGACAGUGAUGACAGUUCUGAUAGCGAUGCCACGUCUGUUAGUAAUGAUAUUUCUAUCAACAUCAAAAAUGUCUUAAGGGAUGAAGUUGUUAAUAAAUCUGAAACAAAAUUCACAACACCAUUGAGAAGGAUCAUUAAUAAGAUGCCAGAUGUAGCUAAAGUUAUUUUUGAGAGAUGUUGCAAGACAAAAGCACCACAGGAUCAUCCUAAUCAUGAGAUUACUUUUAAUUAUGAGUUUCUUGAUGAUUUUGAUCAAGAAUGGUCUAAACGAUCAAAAUACUCCAGUCAGAAUCAUUGCCUUAAUAUUCUUGCUAAUUCACAAAGUGCAGACUUGCUGCAGCAUCCACUUGCCACUGCUCUUCUUAAUAAAAAAUGGAGAAAAAUUGGACGAAAAUUCUAUUACUCCAAUUUGACAGUUUACUUUUUGUUUGUCAUUUUAUUGACAUCAUUUGCUCUCGCUCUUCAUUCACCAAAUUCACCCACAUGUAUGGAGGUAUUUGGAAAUGAUACCAACACAUUUAUUGAUUGCUCUCCAGAUGACAACCCUGUACAUCAGAGAUACAUAUCAUUUGCUAGUGUAUGCCUGAUAAUUUAUUCUGCUAUCAUGAUAUUGCGGGAAGUAUUUCAGAUGAUUCAGUUCAGACUGCAGUAUUUCACAAGUUCUGUUAACUUCUUUGAGAUCUUACUAUUCAUCUUGACCAUAAUGUUUGCAUCAGUGCGUAGCAGUGAGUGCUACUGCACUCGUCCAUGGCAGUGGCAGGUUGGAGUGAUUGCAGUAUUCCUCAGUUGGAUUGCACUAAUAUUCUCCAUAAGGAAGCUACCAAUAGUCGGAAUAUACGUGGUCAUGUUUAUCAAAAUUUUCAACAACUUUGUCAAGGUUGUCCUCCUCGCCUUGCUAUUAAUCUUUGCCUUUGCAGUUCCAUUUUACAUGAUGUUUUAUGAUCCUCAAGAUGGAAUAGUUGGAAUUCGUACUCCAUUCAUUACUCCAUGGAGGACAAUUAUGAAAACAGUAAUAAUGACGGAGGGAGAGUAUGAUAUGGAUUCAAUAUUGAGACAGAAUAAUCAAAUGAGCUCACCCGAUAUACAGUAUCCAGUGGUUGCAUUCUCACUGAUAGUUGUGUUUGUGGUCUUAAUGCCCAUACUAUUCCUUAAUCUUUUGACUGGUUUAGCUGUUGGUGACACUCAGGAAAUACAGAAAUCGGCUGAUACUUACAGACUAGUCCUGAGGGUUGAAUUUACUCUGCCUAUUGAAGAAUUUUUAAGGUCGUUACUGCAAAGUCCACGACUGCCAAAGAGAGUUAAGAGGUCAUUGGACUCAUGGAAAAAGAGUUUAAUCAAACCUAUGGAAGCAAGGAAGCCAAACCAGCAAAGCUUUUUUAAACAAAAAAUCGACGAGAUUGUAAAUUCUGUUUCAAUUGAUCAGGAAACUGUUGCUGAUGUUAAGAAUCAAUUGUCUGAGGAAAUAAAGGAACUGCGUCUCGAAGUACGCUGUUCAGUAUCUCAGGAGGUGAAGGACCUUCGCAGUUCAAUGGAUCAAUUGCUAACUAUUGUUAAAAGCAUGAAGAAUGAAAAACAAGGAGGAAAAGGAGGAGGAGCAGGAGAAGUAAGAGAACCGGAAAAGGAGGGACAGCAACAGAAGUAGUUGGGAAGAAGAGUGAACUUUAACUUUGAACAUUUACAUGUAAUUUUAUUUUGUGGAAUGUCUAUAUAGAUAGUUAAUUAGAAUGCUAAGCCCUUUUAUAUUUUUUGUGUCCCCUUUCACUCCCUGUAUUGCUAUCUAGACAUAACUGAUUUUGUACGCUCAUUUUUGGUUUUGCAAUUAGUAGAUAUUUUAUUUGACAGUCAAAA